UGGCCACGAUCCCCGUUCCGGUUCCACUUACAAAGUCAAAGAGAGAACGAGUCGGCCGCUUACCAGAGUCAAGAUUGCGAUUUCUUAACUGCCACGUCCUAUCGAGCUGCGGUUUUGUGCUGAUUUCAAGGAUACCGAUUGUUCCAGCGUGUUUUUAUUUUAUUUUCACGAGAGGCAGGAGUCUGUGGAAUAAAUUAUGCGAUUUGAAUGCACUCGGAGAGUCAGCGAUAUUUAAAAUUGGAUUUUUCGAGCGAGGGGGACGUGCGAGGAUAGAUUGAGAGACGUUCUAUUCCAACCCUCUUUGCUUUUAUAAGGUCGAGGGAUUUCUCCGUCUGCUAAUCCGACAAAGGAACGAUGAUGACCGAAUUGAGCACAAACCACAUCGGCGCUAAUCGAAUGCCGUCAAAAAAAUUAGGUGACAUGGAGGAUGGAUGGAAGGCAAAAUUAAAACUACCCCCUCCUGACCGAAGAAAAAAGACUAGUGAUGUCACUGACACCAAAGGAAACGAAUUUGAGGAGUUCUGCCUCAAGAGGGAGCUACUCAUGGGCAUUUUUGAAAAGGGAUGGGAAAAGCCAAGCCCGAUACAAGAGGCAAGCAUUCCAAUCGCUUUGUCUGGACGAAACAUUUUAGCUAGGGCAAAGAAUGGAACAGGAAAGACUGGUGCUUACUCGAUACCUGUCCUUGAACAAGUUGAUCCUACAGUUGAAAAAAUUCAAGCACUUGUGAUAGUUCCAACAAGAGAAUUGGCUUUGCAGACAUCACAGAUUUGUAUCGAGCUUGCCAAGCACAUGGAUGUCAAGGUUAUGGUCACUACUGGAGGAACAAAUCUGAGAGAUGAUAUAAUGAGGCUUUACCAAAAAGUUCAUGUUGUGAUUGCCACACCCGGAAGGAUACUCGAUUUGAUGGACAAGAAUGUGGCAAACAUGGAUAACUGCAGGAUGCUGGUUCUAGAUGAAGCUGACAAACUUCUUUCUCAAGAUUUUAAAGGGAUGUUGGACCUCGUCAUUUGCCGACUCCCCAAGGACCGACAGAUCCUAUUGUAUUCCGCAACUUUUCCCCUUACUGUUAAACAGUUCAUGGAUAAACAUUUGGAACAUCCAUAUGAGAUUAAUCUCAUGGAGGAACUGACACUUAAAGGUGUCACUCAGUAUUACGCAUUUGUGCAAGAAAGACAAAAAGUGCACUGUUUGAAUACUCUAUUUUCUAAGCUGCAAAUUACUCAAAGUAUAAUUUUCUGUAAUUCCACACAAAGAGUGGAGCUACUUGCAAAGAAAAUAACAGAGUUGGGUUAUUGUUGUUAUUACAUUCACGCCAAAAUGGCCCAGGCCCAUCGUAACAGGGUCUUCCACGAUUUUCGUUCCGGCCUGUGCAGAAAUCUAGUCUGUUCUGAUCUUUUUACAAGAGGUAUUGACGUUCAGGCUGUCAAUGUGGUUAUCAAUUUUGAUUUUCCAAGGAUGGCAGAAACCUACCUUCAUCGGAUAGGAAGGUCUGGUCGUUUCGGUCAUCUUGGAAUUGCAAUUAAUUUAAUUACUUUUGAGGAUCGCUUAUCUCUCCAUCGCAUUGAACAAGAACUUGGCACUGAAAUCAAACCAAUUCCUAAGGUUAUUGAUCCUUCGCUUUACGUUGCCAAACUCGAAGAUGGUAUAGAAGAGACCAACAAUGCCAACAAGUGAAAAAUGACGUGUGUUGGAACUCAUUAUGUAAAUAGUAAAUUUUUUUGAGUGUUGGGGGGAAGGGGGUUGAAGCAAGUUGUUUUUCAGUGAAAUCGAAGAAAAAGAAAUAUUCAAUUGAGAGACAACAAAGGACAUUUAUUAUUUUUUUAAGUACAAAAAAUAAUUCAGAAGAAAAGGAAUAAUACGAAGUGAUUAUAAAAAAAAAGGACUCUUUACGUUAAAAACAGUUUUGAUACGAAGUGUAAAUAUUAUAUAGUGUUUAACAAACAAGAUUAGUCAUCGUCCUCAACAGAAGAAUUUUGUAUUGUGUAAAUAUCAAAUUUUUGGACAACAAACAAGCAUUGAUGGGACCUUUUUUGUUCUUUUGAUACGCUUAUUUAGCGAGAUCUGUUUUAGUUUUUCAAAUUUUAAUGCUGAUUUUAUCUUUCACUCUGGCUUUUAAACAAACAUCUUUGGAUCUCCCGGAGUGAAAUAUAAACUCGAUUGUAAACUAAAUUUUGGGAGAGAAUUAAUUUGAUUGGAUUUUCCCAUUGGUGCUUCGAAACUUGUCUUUUUAAAUUUUUUAAAACUGUAAAUAAUGGAAGUCUGCAGAAAAAACCAAACAAAAACCCAUGAAUAUCUGAGUGUGAAUCGAUUAGAAAAAAAGGAAAGGAGUGAGAGAAAACAAUUAAUUUUUACAUAUAUUUUUUUUCUUUUUAUUUAUCUUGGUGUAUUACACCGUGAAAACAUCUAAAUGAGAUCCAAAUUUUGUCCCAAGAGGAUAGGCAACUCCUCUUGGUUUGAUGUAAACAAAAUAUUUAAAAAA